AGAAGCCGCGGGUUUGAUUUGAGUUAGCAAACGAGCUAACGCGGACGACAACUGUGGAGUUUUCCCCUCCUGAGAAAUGUCAUCCAUUUAAGGCGCUAGCUGCUAACUUAAAUCCUUCAGAAUGAAUCUCGACCGACUACGGAAGCGAGUACGGCAGUACAUUGAUCAGCAACAAUAUCAAAGUGCUCUGUUUUGGGCGGACAAGAUCGCAUCCCUUUCUCACGAGGAUCCCCAGGACAUCUACUGGCUAGCUCAAUGCCUUUACCUAACAUGCCAGUACCACAGAGCUUCUCAUGCCCUCAGGUCACGCAAACUAGACAAGUUAUACGGCGCCUGUCAGUAUCUUGCUGCACGGUGUCAUUACGCGGCAAAGGAGUACCAGCAGGCGUUGGAUAUUUUGGACGCACAGGAGCCGGCUUGCAAGAAGUUGCUCGACCGAGGGGGCAAGGACGAUGUGGGAACACUAGAAUCGCCGAAGGACUGGGACAUGUCGCCGGCCUCUAUCAGCAGCUCCAUCUGCCUCCUACGGGGGAAGAUCUAUGAGGCCAUGGACAACAGGCCGCUGGCCACCACCAGCUACAAAGAGGCCUUAAAACUGGAUGUGUACUGCUUUGAAGCCUUCGACCUUUUGACUUCACACCACAUGUUGACCGCCCAGGAAGAGAAAGACUUCCUCAACUCACUUCCACUGGGUCAACAGUGCACUGCAGAAGAAGAGGAGCUUUUGCACUUCCUGUUUGAAAAUAAGUUGAAAAAGUAUAACAAGCCCAGUGAUUUGGUGGUUCCAGAGAUGAUCAAUGGUCUUCAGGACAACUUGGAUGUGGUGGUGUCUCUUGCAGAGCGACAUUAUUAUAACUGUGACUUCAAGAUUUGCUACAAACUCACCUCAAUGGUCAUGGUGAAAGAUCCGUUUCAUGCCAACUGUUUACCUGUACACAUAGGAACUCUUGCAGAGCUUGGGAAAGCAAAUGAAUUGUUUUCUCUCUCGCACAAGCUGGUUGACUUGUAUCCCAACAAUCCAGUCUCUUGGUUUGCUGUUGGCUGUUACUAUUUAAUGGUGGGGCACAAAAACGAACAUGCACGACGCUACCUAAGCAAAGCCACUACCCUGGAGAGGACGUACGGCCCCGCCUGGAUCGCCUACGGACAUUCCUUUGCAGUAGAGAGUGAGCAUGACCAGGCCAUGGCUGCCUACUUUACAGCUGCUCAGCUGAUGAAAGGUUGCCAUUUACCGAUGCUCUACAUCGGCCUGGAGUAUGGUCUCACCAACAACUCCAAGCUGGCCGAGCGCUUCUUCAGCCAGGCCCUGAGUAUCGCUCCCGAGGAUCCGUUUGUCAUCCACGAAGUGGCUGUGGUCGCCUUUCAGAAUGGAGACUGGAAAACAGCAGAGAAGUUGUUUCUUGAUGCGAUGGAGAAGAUCAAAGUCAUCGGGAAUGAGGUCACCGUUGAUAAAUGGGAGCCUUUGUUAAACAACCUGGGUCAUGUGUGUCGGAAACUGAAGAAGUACGACCAGGCCUUGGAGUACCACCGGCAAGCGCUGGUCUUGAUCCCUCAACAUGCCUCCACCUAUGCUUCCAUCGGAUACGUGCACAGUCUGAUGGGAGACUUUGAGAGCGCUAUUGACUACUUCCAUACGGCACUUGGGCUGAAAAGGGACGACACGUUUUCAGUGACAAUGCUCGGCCACUGUAUCGAGAUGUACAUCGGUGACUCCGACGCUUACAUCGGCACAGAGAUCAACGACAAGGUGCGGGGAAAUGCCAACUCACCGACGCUCAUGAAAGUGCUGAAUACGUCAGAGUCCGGAGAGCUCCCAGAGACGCCGCGCACCGAAGACUCCAGCAACACCUCACUGGACACUCCGCUCUCCAAUCAGGACAAGAUGAUGCUGGACACGCCGCUGCGGCUCUCUUUAACUCUCGAGUGCGACAUGUACGAGAGCGACGUCAUGUUAGAUACGUUGUCAGACACCAGCACAUGAUGUUCUUACUGUGAAUUCCCCAAACAUUGUAUGUGCAAGUAAGUUAUCGUCUGGAUUCAAGAAGAACGUCAAACAAACAAUGUCUUAUGGGACUUUUAACUGUGGAUGAGAAAGACACUUGAGGCCUAAGUGUCCCAUCAAUGCCGUCUUUCUACACCUGUAACAUUUGUCAUAAAUAAUAACAAAAGAGUGACAAAAAGAA